CAGAGGGUGUGUAGAUGGCGCAGGGCUGUGUGGCGGAGGCUGAGGCUGGGAUUUCGGGCACUCCCGGUUGAGUGCAGUGGAAGAUGGCGGCUGAGGAUCGGGAGAGGGAUCAGGCCCGCAGUGAUAACGCUAAACACAAGAGGAAGGAGCAGCUGAAGCGCUGGCUGGGUUCGGAGACGGAUCGGGAGUCGGAGCGGCCCCGGACCAAGCAGCUCCGAGUGAAGUUCGCCGAGGGAGCCGUGUUCCUGGCUGCCUGUUCGAGCGGGGACCCGGACGAGGUGGAGAAGCUGCUGCUGAAAGGAGCUGACAUCAAUUAUACUAAUGUGGACGGACUGACCGCUCUGCACCAGGCCUGCAUCGACGAAAAUCUGGACAUGGUCACUUUUCUGCUGGAGCAUGGAGCUAAUGUUAAUCAGCCUGACAAUGAAGGCUGGACAGCGUUACAUGCAGCAGCUUCCUGUGGUUUCAUGGAGAUUGCAGAGUAUCUAAUUAAACAGCGGGCGAAUGUUGCAGCUGUGAACAGUGAGGGGGAGCUGCCUAUUGACAUUGCCCAGGGUGAAGCUAUGGAGAAGCUGCUGAAAGAGGUCAUUAAAAAGCAAGGGAUUGAUGUGGACGUAGCCAGGAAGGAGGAAGAGCAGCGAAUGGUCCAGGAUGCCAGACAAUGGCUAAAUCGAAGGAAGGUGGAAGAUAUUCGGCACCCAAAAACUGGAGCAACUGCCCUUCAUGUUGCUGCAGCCAAAGGCUACUUGGAAGUUAUGAAGUUGUUAAUCCAGGCUGGCUCUGAUGUAAACAGCCUAGACAAUGAUGGUUGGACUCCAUUGCAUGCAGCAUCACACUGGGGCAAGGAGGAGGUGUGCAGACUGCUGGUGGAGAACUUAUGCAACAUGCAGGCCAUCAAUAAAGUGGGUCAAACGGCAUUUGAUGUUGCAGAUGAAAACCUCUUGGAACUGUUGGAGGAGCUACAGAAGAAACAGGCUAUUAUGAAGAUUGAGAAGGAGAGGCAAGCCAAGGCCUCCCUAAUUGAAUUGCCAAAUGCCUCACAACAGCUUCCGCCCAGGACCAGGAGGACUUCUAUUUCCCGUAUGAGCAGCAAAGAUAAAAUCUCAAUGCAUGAGAAGGAGCGCAAGACAUUAGAGUCUGUGAUGUUGGAGCAUGUCAAUGAUGAGGAAGACAGAAAGAAGCUGAAUGGCUCAAGUUCUGAGGAGGAGAUGCCAUAUGAAGUUGAAUCCGAAGCAGAGAAAACAAAAGCCCGACUCAACAUGAACAACCUCAGCACCAAACUGAGCAUGACUGACUCUAUCCUUUCAUCCUCCUCUGCAUCUAGUGGAACCAACAAGAGGUUUACAGGCCCUGCCACUAAAAUGGCUGCCCAGGACGAGGAGAAGAAGGAACAGCAAUCCCCUGCUGCAUGGCGCACUGCCCUCCGCAAAACUGGCAGCUAUGGAGCCCUCAACAACUUGCAACCACCACAGGAGGAGCAGAAGGGAAAAGAGACGGGCAUUGUUCGGUCAGCCUCUAGUCCCAAAUUGACGCUGGCUGAAUCCAAGGAAAAGGAGAAGGAACCCCGGUUAGCCCGUGUACCACCCACUCCGACAAGGAAACUCUUCACCAUUGGAGAUGCCAAUGAAGAUAAAACUAGUGACUCUGCAGUCCCUUUAGCUCGGAGUGCCUCUUAUACACGGCAACGAGAGGAUGACACUGGCAAUCAAUUGACCAGCUUGGCCCGGGGCUCAUCCUACACACGCAGGCAGACAGAGCUGGAGAGCAGCAAAAGGGAUAAAGACUUGAAUAACACAAUGCCAAGUAGCACAGGCACCUCCACGACAGUAGUGUCUGGUUAUCCAAAGAGUCACUUCUACCUGAGAGCGAUAGGCCGCAGUUAUAGUGCACAGGACUUCACAGCUCGUUCCAGAAUAAUGUCAAGUGUGGCCUCAAACCAUAAAGUUACUAACUCUGACUCUGCUUCUACCAACGUCAUCGCACUUAAAAGCUCAUCCUUUGGAAGGAGACAGGAAGGUCUUGUCAGCAGUUCUGCCCCAGGUUCUGUCACCACGCUGUCCAGCACAAGCUCUUCCAUCAACCCUGCCAGUAACCGGGCCCUGACCAUGGGCAUCUCAGCAGCAUCUACAGCUGGCACUUACACAAGCCGCUCCCUGACUCGGAACCAAGCUGGAAAUGGAGCAGGAAAAGAGAGUAAUCCUACCACACAAGGCGAUGGUUCUGGCACUGAGAACCGUGAGAGACGCAGAUCCUACCUCACCCCUGUCCGUGACGAGGAAGCUGAAGCGCAGCGAAAGGCGCGCUCUCGACAUGCCCGCCAGUCUCGCAGGUCUACACAGGGUGUCACACUAACAGACCUACAGGAGGCUGAGAAAACAAUUGGACUGAAGCGGGAGAAGAAAAUUGUAGAACAGGAGAAAGGCAAAGAAAAAGAAAAGGAAGAGAAGGAAGCAGAAGCUAAAGACAUGGCAUCAAAAUACAGAUAUACCAAGACCAGUCAAGAUGAGGAGAAGAACUGGCGGUCAAGAUUAGCCAACCUACAGAAAGCGGAUCUGCUGGGCCUCACCACCUCCUCCACAGAUUCCAUUCGUUCUAAUGUUCCUGCCUACACCUACCACAAUGCUAUACAGCCACUGGACAACAAAGAAUUAGAGAAAGCUAAAGAGGAGGAGAAGGAAUCAGAUGACUCAUCGUUCAAAAAAUCUGGUACCAGGGACCGGAGACGGCCAAGGGGGAAAAGAAGAUCAACAGGUGUGCAUUCCAUAUCACAAGAUGAUGACAAUGACCAGGAUCACUCAGAUGGCGACGACCUGGUGGAAUCACAGAAGAGGCAGACUGAUUAUCUAACCAGGGGAGAUAUCACAGGAAGCAGCCAAAGGAAUCUGUCAAACAAAGAAGUGACUUUGUGUCUGGAUACUGGCCUGCAUUCUACUCAAGAAGGUCAGGCAGAGGUUGAGACCAAUAAGAGAGGCUACAGAAAGCUGUACGAAGAGCUUCAAAGAAAAAAUAUCCAAUUACGAGACCAGCUGCAGGAGGUGCAGAUGCAGAUCACACAGACAAAGCUGGAGUUAGAGAAGGCCACGCAGAUGCAAGAAAGAUUUGCAGACAGGACUGCCCAUCUGGAGAUGGAGAAGAAAGAGCGGAAAGCUUUAGAAAGAAGAAUUUCAGAACUGGAGGAGGAAUUAAAGGUUUUAACAGAUUUGAGAGCUGACAAUCAGAGACUGAAGGAUGAAAAUGGUGCACUGAUUCGUGUUAUCAGCAAACUCUCCAAGUAACUAGCCUUCACUUCAACACUUGCACAAAGCUUUCUGGAGUGAUGGGAUGUACUGCCACUGGUCUCCAUGUCUAGACGCUUGCCUCACCUUCUCUAUCUGGAGGGAAUGCUAAUCAAGCCACGCCUAUUGCUGUUACAGUAGCACCUGGACUACUGCCCCUGGGUAGUUUGGAAAGGCAUGUCAUUGAACUCUAUAAGUGACGCUCGUAACUAGUACCUGCAUAAACACGCUGCUAAGGAACAGCACUCCUGUGAGGAAUGGUUUAUAAUGGGAGGCCAUGAUGAUUACAACUGCUCCACUCAGCACACAAGGCCAUUUUUCAUUCACAUGACUUUGGUGAUGAAGGUGCUUGCUUCGCCCUCGUGGUUCAAGGGCAGCUGAAGAAAUGGAUGUUUCAGUGGUCUGUUGGAGAGACAGAGCAAGCCAGUCCUGCUUGGCAGACUCUUCAUAUUGGGUUGUUUUAUAAGGGAGUGGAACAGAACAAGUUUUAAAGCCAUUUUUAAAAUUACUCCAGUAUUCUUUUGAUCUUCUGCCAAAAUGAAUUUACCAAAAGCCUCACCAGUUUCUAGAUAGCACACGCCACUUAAGAUUUCAGCCUUGCAGAAUUGUUCAGUGUUAUCUUCUGCAGGCUGUUUUAUCAGAAUGGUAAACUGAGCAAAGGCAAUUAAGACCUCACAGCCUUGCCCAGCAUCCUUCGCCUCAAAUAUGACAGCACUUAGAUUCAUGACCCAGUCUGCAAAGAUAUAGAUGGUUCUUAGCUCUGUUGCUUUCAAGAGGGGUGGUAAAGAAAGAGACAGACAGCCAUUGAGGAUUACUUUUCAACAUGAGGGGAUAGAACACAGGCAGUGAUAUACAAUGAGGUGCAGUUAAAAAUAGUUCAACAUCAGAAUAAUUAUUUAGACUCUGCUAUGUGGGUGUUAGCUAACACUGGCUUGUUUGAGUAGCAACUGUUGAAGAAAUCAUCUUAACAUGAAGAGAUUGUGAAACAUGUCGCAAUGUCAUUGGGGCCAGGCAGAGCUGCUACUGCUGAUUGUCAAAACUGGCCAUUUUUUGAGUGGGAGGUAUAAAGGGUUAAAAGCUGUACAUAGAGUGCAUGGGCAGAGUUUUCUCACUGAGUUCAGCUUGCAAGCUCUGCGAAUUGGAAUUGCACUACAUUUUUCUUCCUCCUCUCAGCAGUUUUUUUUGGUUUUUGAUCCCUCCCCAGUUUUAAUGUAGCUGCCUCCAAUUUUAAAAUCUCUCUUCUGCCCCUCUCUUGCCAAAAAUAAAUCUUCUCAGGUCUUUCCUGUAUCCUGUACCAAAAAAAAGCAAUUUCAUACAGUCAGCACUUUCCAAUUUCCUUGUGAAAGGAAAAAAAUAGUAGAAUGAGCAAUAUAAACAUAGCUAUCAGAAUGUAAAGUGCCGUGGUACCAAAGAAAUAUGUCUGUUUACAAUGAGGUAGUAUAUUUUACAGAUCCUCUUAUAAUACAGCCUACUAUACUGGUGCUGACAUAAAAGCUCAAACUUGUGGUGCUCUUGCAAAGAAAAUCUCUAGAUUAUUGUGGCUGUUACUCUGAUAUUGUUCCACUAGCAAGAUAGAUUAGAUUUCUAUAGCACCUUUUCACUUCCCUCCGAAACAUCUUAAAAUACAAUGAUUAUUGUUGAAGACAUAGGAAGAUCCUAAAAACAUUAACCAGAGAAUUAACUAGUUAAUCUGCUUCUAGUGUUAGCUGAGGAAAGAACGUUGAUCAGGGCACCAGAAAAGUACUAUGGGAUCUUAACCUCCACCUGAUCCACUGGAAUGGGCAAGUUUUUUUUUUUGAUUCAGCUUCUCAUUCUGGGGAUGGCUCAUUGACAGUGCAGCACUCACUGCUGCAUCAGACUGUCAGCCUAUAUUCUCAAAUCCUGAGUUUGAACUCAGAACCCUCUGACACAGACAAGAAUGCUACCAAUUGAGCCAGGCUGACACUUGAGAAGUAGAACAUAAGUGAGACUUUUUUUUUCAAACUAUGUAAAUAUCUGUGAUAGGAGUUUAGUGGCCUAUUAUCCAAAUUGAUGUCUUGCUUACACUGGGUGAGUUCCCUCAUCACUAGGCCUCACUUCUGCUAGAAAUUGCAACCUAACUGGUACAGUGAUUUGAUUAGAAUGGUCAUGAAUUCGAGCAAAAAGAUUGUUUAACAUUAAAAUCUAGUCAAGGACACAAUUGUCUAAAUUCUUCCUUUUGAAGAUGUAUAGAUCACAGGUUACAUCUUGCUAAACCACAGACAAACUGCAUAGCCAGCAAACCAUUUUAGUAGGUUUAGUGCAGGCGUUCCUGAGAAAUAUUUAAACCCCUGCUGUUUCUCUCUGCACCUUAAAAACAAAAAAGCUCUAACUUUGCAGUCAUUGGCAUUCCCUUCAGUUGAACAUGAUCUUUCCUGAUCUCUUUGUCGUAAGUAUCCAAGCAAACACUCACUUACACUGAGGAAUCUCUCAUUGCAAACAGAAUGGUAAUCAAUGUAUGAAAUUUAGUGACCAAGCAUACCCUGGCACUUCUGUAAACUUCUAUCCUUUGGCUAGGUGUCUCAGGAAAUUAAGAGUGUUGUAUUUUCACUUCUGAGGAUCAGCUUGGAUUACAAACUAUGAAAAAGAUCGGGCAUUUCUGCCUUAAUGUAACACCCGUACAUUUGCAACCCCCAGUUAUCUACAUUUGUCCACAGCACUCAGACUUUGAGGACUUUCCUAAAUUUUCAUCUAAUAAGUCCUUAUCUUUUGUUCAUUCAUUGGCUGCUGUCUUCUCACAAUAAGUUGGAACGCUCAUAAUCUUUCUGCACUGUGCAUGAUCUGCUAGUAGACUUAAGCAGCAAGAGAUUAGGCUCAGCUUGGCUGAGAGAUCCCAACAUUCAAGAGGUCCUUGGGUUCAGGGAAAUGGUCUCAAUUAGCUCACUGUUCACUGAUUACAGCAAAUAUUUUUUCCAGAAUAUAUCACUUUUGUAUACAUGUUGGGAUCAACAAGAGUUGGAAUAGCCAGAAUCUGUGACGUUAGAUUAUUGAGUUCAUUAAAAGAGGGAGUGUAUGACUAUUGUGUGGCACAUUUACAGAGUGCAGAGGGGGACUGAAUCAUUUAAUAUCACAGACUUAAUGUGUCAAUACCAAGGAACAAAGUGUGACUAAAUGCCAGAGUUUUUGAAGUCCUUAGCAAAUGGGUUACAAUAAUUAUGAAAUAAAAUCAGUAAA